GGAAAUUCCUGCUCGUCCUGUGAUGGAGGGAACUGAUGUGAUUCUUCACUGCACAAACAAGAAAACUCAGUCACAGCACAUAACUGACUUCUACAAAGAUGGAUCCCUUCUCGAAACUUCGUAUAGCAACAACAUGAUCAUCCCACGUGUUUCAAAGUCUGAUGAAGGACUCUACAAGUGCAGCAUCUCUGGAGUGGGAGAAUCACCAGCGAGCUGGCUAACUGUGUUAACACACAGUCCAGACUCAGACGCAGCUUUUCCUCAUGUUGAUCCAGACAGACUUCAGUUUUUUGAGUUCGAGUCUGUCUCUGUACGCUGUGAGCAGACUGUUGGAUUCCCUGAAUGGAGACUGAUGAAGAAAUUCAAUAAAAUAAUUCCAACAAACGCCUGGAACUGGAACACAUCAGCACCAUCAUGGAACAUUUAUCCUGCUUUCGAGAGACACAGUGGAGAGUACUGGUGUGAAACUGAAGCAGGACAGAGGAGCGGUGCCGUCAACAUCUCUGUCACUGCUGGUUUUGUGAUCCUGGAAAUUCCUGCUCGUCCUGUGAUGGAGGGAACUGAUGUGAUUCUUCACUGCAGAAGCACGAAAACUCAGUCACAGCACAUAACUGACUUCUACAAAGAUGGAUCCCUUCUCGGGACUUUGGAUAGCCGCGACAUGAUCAUCCCACGUGUUUCAAAGUCUGAUGAAGGACUCUACAAGUGCAGCAUCUCUGGAGUGGGAGAAUCACCAGCGAGCUGGCUAACUGUGUUAACACACAGUCCAGAUUCUAUUGAAGAGACUCAAAGUUGGUCCCUGAAUCUUCUCACCGUGCUGUGGAUUGUUGCCUCUGGUUUGUUGGUAACAGGAAUACUUCUCUGUUGGCACAAAGGUCAUCUGCUGUCGGCCUGCGUCUCAUCUCAAACAUCAGCUCCAGCUUCACAACCACAUGAAGCUGCUACAGUCUCAGGAGAGGACAGCGUCGCUGAGCCAGUCCACGCCACUUAUACUGCUGUCAGGAAACAGAGGAAGAAGAGAGGUGCUGAAGCUUCAGUUGAUCCAGAAAAAGCAACAUAUGCUGUUAUUAAUCACCAGAUGAUGAAGAAAGAACCAGAAGUGUCCAGACCAGGUGGCAGACCACCUUUACCAGAAGAGAACGUCAUCUAUUCUAAAAUCAACUACUGGCCCCUGGGACCUGGAUGAAGGACUGAGGACAUGAUGUCUUCAGAGCUCUGCUGCUGUGUUUUCAUCAUCAGCUUUUCUUUGCUUUAUCGUUGCUGAUUUUCAAUCAUUAAUUGAGCAGUGAUGUGAAUUUCAAACAUGUGUUUAAGCUCUUCAUGCUCCAUAAACUCAUACAGACACUGUGAGCAGUGCACUGAAAUCAGAUAACCUGUCCUAUGACUGCUGUA